AUAUGUUUUCUUUACAGGAUUGAAAAGCUUCCAUUGGACAAAUCUUCGACUGUAAACACAUCCAACCGGAAGUGGAACCAUUGCCAUGUGCUGCUGCGGCAGUGUUACGAGAGCAUGACAUCCUCCGACUGCAAUCGUCACCAACAACAAUCAGCCAGCAAACAGGUGUAACGGGAAAUUGCGACAACUGGCGCGCCAUUUGGCGUGCACCGCUAGGAGGCAACAUCAAAGUCUCUGUGACACAACUGUUCCGUUGUUCACUUCCGGUUACAUACACAAAGCGAGUGCGCUGCAGUCAGAAUGACAUCGUUGGAGAGGGAGAUAGAGAGAGAAAAAAAAGCACAAUACAAACGCGUCCCAGCUGUGCUGCUGCUGCUGCCUACAUUCAGGUGCUGCUCGCGCCAGAAUCGUCCAACUGUGUAACGUAAAAUAGAACAAGCUGUACAAAACAAUAGUCAAAGUAGCAAACAAAAAAGGGACGCGUGCAGGUGCGACACAUGUGCACAACCCCCUUCUAUUCAUCCUUGAGGACAGAGCUCUUCCCGGAGAUUGCAGCAUCCACCAGGUGGCAGCGGAAAAUAAAUGACUGAAGCAAGAUGGCCUGGAGAGACGUAAUGAGCCACCACAACAGUCGGUGCUGCGGCUGCUGCUGCUGCUACAGCUGUAACCAGCGGCAACUACUAGCUGUGAUACUUAUUUUUACCAUCGCCAUGGGAGCACCCCACUCAGAUCCCAGUGCUGCCAACUAUCCUGCUCCGGUGACAACACACGGUUUCUUCGCUACCCGGAACAACACAAAAGUCACGGCACAAAAGGGUGGCACGGCACUGCUUCCGUGCACCGUCCUGUCACAGACGUCGGCCCUGGUGUCCUGGGUCCGACGGAGGGACUUCCAGCUGCUCACGGUGGGUCUGUCCACGUACAGCAGCGACGAGCGCUUCCUGGUGGAGCACAUUCGCCACAUGGGCCACUGGGCGCUGCGAAUCAAAACGGUCCGCGACGAGGACCAGGGCCUGUACGAGUGCCAGCUCUCGGUCCACCCGGUGCAGUCCGUCUUCGUCGAGCUGAAAGUCGUCGAGGCCGUUGCGGACAUCGUGGGGGCACCGGAUCUGCACAUCGACGAGGGCUCCACGUUGCGGCUCGAGUGUAAGCUGAAACGAGCCACCGAGUAUCCGGAGUACGUGUUCUGGUACCACGAGCAGAACAUGGUUAACUUUGACCAACAGAAUGGCUUUUCGGUGACGCCGUUCCAACCGGCAGCGGGAACGGCCCUGCCCGGUGCUGCCACCACUACACUGGACGACGACGACGACGACGGUGUCGGAGCGGUCCCGGUGGACUUGAACCACCUCGGGUCGUUCCACCACCACCAUCAUCACCACCAUCAUCAUCGUUAUCAUCACCAUCGGCGUCGUGGUGGCCAUAAUCAUCGCCGCUUGGAGGACAACACUGGUGACGGCGACGCGGCCGCCAACGCCGACGAGGACGAUGACAGCUUUGGCCUGAACGCGCUCGAGCUGAUGGGUCCGCCAGGGUUGCUGCUGCCGCCGGAUUCGGGCCUGCUCGCGGAGACGGACGACGAUGGCGGGUGGCCACUUUGGAACCACACUGGGGCAACGUCGUUUCUGCCCUAUUCGCGCAUUUUGUCGCCCGCCACCAGCGUCCUCACAAUCAAGGGGGUCCACUCGAAGCACGCCGGAAAUUACACGUGCGCCCCGUCCAACACGCAACCGGCCAGCAUCACCGUGCACGUGCUGCAGGGUGAAAAGCCAGCCGCGAUGCAGCACGCCAACCGAAGUCAGGGCGGCGGCGGCGGCGGCGGUGGCAACCUGGACCAGGCAGCGGAUCCGGCCACCAAAGCGGCGGCCACGAGCGGCAGUGCCCCGGUGGUGGCCACGGCCGCGGCACUGCGCCAGUUGCUACUGCUGAUGCUGUUACUGUUGCUGGCACUGGCGCAACCCGAAAGUCGCCACUUGCCACGCCGAUGGCAGUUGGCGCGAGCUUUCCCGCCGGUGGCUGAGACCACCCGGAGGUGAACCAGGUGAAAGUGGGCCGGUGAAGGCGGAGCGGCGGGCCCGGAUUGAUGCACAAAACGACGGAACACACAGCUGGGGUGGCGCCAGCCAGCUCCUGGAGCCAAAUUAGGUUAAACAGUGAAAACAAAAUGUAAUACGAAAUUGUACAUGUGUGUAUGUGUGUGUGAGUGUAUGUGUGAGAGAGUAGAUGAGUGGGAGUAGGAAUAAGUUACCAUUGUUAGCAUUAUAUUGUGUGAAUGGAACGAUUGUUUGUAGCUGGGAAACCCACGCAAAUCAAUUUACACUAGCGAUUGAGAUUCGGAACGUGCCACGGUGUCGAGGUGCAAGCAUCACCAGAUUUUGGUUUAAUUCAAUCAACAAACCUGAUGAUAAUUCUCAACGUUUUCGCAAAUUGCCACAAAAAUAAACGGAGAAAAAAACCUUUAUUUUUUUUAUUUAAUUCGCAAAGCACAUUAUACGCUAGUACACAUGAUAUACAAUCUUAAAUUUAAAAAAAAAUAAAAAUGUUAAAAGCAUUACAAAUACAAAAAUACAACAAUACAAAAAAAAUACAAAAAUAUAAAAAUACAAAAAUGCAAAAAUACAAAAAUACAA